GUUUUCUCCCCCUCCCUUCUUGCCUCUCCGUUCAUAUAACCCAGGCUGCCUGCAGCCUGUCUUUGCCCACUUGACUCACUGGCCCUGAGCACGGAAAGGAGCAGAGAGUCUCUGAGAAUGGGCACUUUCUUCUCUGAGCCAGGGUGGCUUUGCCUGACUGUCACCGCAGUGCUGGGAGGAACAAUUUUUUGCAAACUCAAGAAGAGCCAAGGGCAGGUGGGGAGAAAGGUGGUCUGCCUGGCGGGCCUCUGGGGAGGGGCUUGCCUGCUCAGGCUGUCCCUCUUCUGGGGCUUGAUCCUCUUCUCCCUGUCAUGUUUCCUCGUAUAUACUUACUUUUCUGGCCAAGAGUUGUUACCUUCGGAUCAAAAGGCGGUGCUGAUCACAGGUGGCGAUUCUGGGAUUGGCCAUGCUUUGUCCAAGUAUCUGGACGAGUUGGGCUUCACAGUAUUUGCUGGAGUUCUGGAUGAAAAGGGAUCAGGAGCAGAGGAAUUACGAAGAACCUGCUCCAAGCGUCUCUCCGUGCUCCAGCUGGACAUCACCAACCCGCAACAGAUAAAAGAUGCCCACAGCAAAGUGAAGGAAAAGGUGCAGAACAGAGGACUGUGGGCUGUGGUCAACAAUGCUGGGGUCCUUGGCCUCCCAACUGACGGGGAGCUCAUUCCCAUGACCGAAUACAAACGAUGCAUGGCUGUGAACUUCUUCGGGGCUGUGGAAGUCACGAAGGCAUUUUUGCCUCUUCUUAGGAAAUCCAAGGGGAGGCUGGUGAACAUCAGCAGCAUGGCAGGAGGGGUUCCAAUGGAGAAGAUGGCAGCCUAUAGCUCAUCCAAGGCAGCUCUGACCAUGUUUUCAGCAGUCAUGAGACAAGAGCUAUCCAAAUGGGGAGUUAAAGUCUCUGUCAUCCAGCCUGGAGGCUUCCGAACAAACAUCACAGGCACGAGUGACACGUGGGACAAGCUGGAGAAAAACAUCCUGGACCACCUCACCCCUGACGUGCAAGAGGACUACGGCCAGGACUAUAUCCUUAGGGAACGCAAUUUUCUCAUGUUAAUGCAAACCUACUCCGUAAUGGACGUCUCCCCAGUGCUCCUGGACGUCCAGCAUGCCAUCUCUGCUAAGAGCCCCUUUGCAUUUUAUGCACCGGGGAAAAUGUCUUAUCUGUGGCUCUGCUUUGUUUCCUUUAGCCCUACUGGCAUAUUUGAUUAUUUUAGCAAAAAAAUGCACAGCCAUGGAAAGAGCAUGCCCAGAGUGUUAAGCAUGCCUAACUGGAAGAAUGAGGCCAUGUAGGCAAAUCAGUGGGAAAUGUUAGAGUCUUGGAAUGAAAGGGAAUCUUGAGCUUCCCAUUAAAGUUGUGGUUUCCUACCUUGCAGCCCCUGUGAACUCUGUUGGUUGAAUAGUGAGACAGCAGGGAAGAGGGCAGGGCACAACCUUGAAAAGAAUGACAUAGACAUUGAGCAUAUGACAUAAAACUGGUUAGAACCGACUAGGCCCAAGAUGGCAGAAGAUUCAACUUCCAGUGGCCCUUCAGCCUCAUUAUACGUUCACUGUAAUAUAUUACCUAAAUGACACACCCACUGGUGCCAUAAUAGUUCUGAGGCAGACCAUAAAAAGCCAAAAAGUGGGCGGUGGCCCAAUUCCUGGAAAUCCCCACCCCUUCCCCGAAAUAGUUGGAAUAAUCCUCCCACUCGUUAGCCUAUGAAAUCACCCAGCCCAUAAAAACUAACCACCCCAUAUUUUGGGGUGCUCUCAAGCCUUUUGAGAUGGACCAAAUUCUGUCUAUGGGGUGUGUAUCUCUCUCAGUAAAUCUA